AUGCCGUUCUCUCGGCUAUCUGAAGAACGAGAACGAGAGGCUGUAGAUUUAGGUGUCUUUCAGGGACAAGCAGCUGUCAUGUUAGCAAUUGAACAUUUGAAUACCGGAAAUGGGACUAUGGUGAAAGAGGUGGAGGGUUUGGAUCAACGAUGUGCUAUCAAAUUUACUGCUGAGAUAUUUGAUACUGCCUAUUCACAGACCAGUGCAGUGGAUACUGUUAUCAACCUUAUUUCAAGAGAACCAGGAACCGAACGUCUUCCGAGUGCAUUUCUGGGUGCACGUUGGUCUUCUGUCUCCAUUCCCAGCUCAACAGUGACUGGAUUGAAAGGAUAUCCUCAAAUAUCACCGAUUUCUACAAGCGCAAGCUUAGAUGACAAGGGACAAUUUCCGCUCUUUGGUAGAACGAUUCCAUCAGAUGCAUCCACUGCUGUACCCGCAAUCUUGUAUCUCCGUAAUCAGCUGGGUGUAAAGCAUUUGGCGAUUGCCCAUGUAAAUGAUGCCUAUGGGGAUGCAUAUGCAUUGGGAAUUCAACUGGCUGCUGAACAGUAUGCACCGGAUAUGAAGGUGCAGAGUUUCAGCUUUGAUUUUGACAUCACCGAGGAAAUUGCAGAGCGAACCAUUAGGCAACUGAAAGAGACCAACUACAGAUACAUUUUUGGAAUCAUCUUUAGUGAUGUACAAUAUGUACCCAUGAUGACGGAAGCGUACAAACAGGGCAUUGCUGGGACUGGGGAACACUCUUGGAUGUUUUCGGAUUCUGUCUCGCCUACUUUUUUCGACAGCCAAAAAUUCGAUGUUGACUCUCCAGUGUACAAAGCAUCCAUGGGAGCAUCUCGGAUCUCGGCUGUUGCUGGAGUCGAAGGGAAUGAAAAUUUUGAUACAUUCUUCCGCAGCGUCAAUGACUUAAAUAAUGCUGAAGACAUUGCUUUGAUUCAAUCGAAACAUCCUACCUACGACGAUCCGCAAUACCGACCCCUUCAAAUCGAAGACAAUCGAGACAGCUUCUUUGAUGGUUUUAAAUCAUCGACCCUUGUUCCCUUCUUGUACGAUGCGGCCAUCGGACUUGGCUUGGCGGCAUGUGGCGCGGCUGGGGACGAUACCUAUUUUGAUGGCACGACACAUUAUGAAACCUUCAAGAACACUACCUUUUCAGGUGCUACUGGGAAGAAUGCUUUUUACCAAGAAACUGGGUCACGACAAGCAAACUCGGCUUCUUUUAUCAUGAUGAAUGUUAUUGAAAAGGAGCGAACAGGCAACUUGGCCACACUGUCGCCAGAUGUGACAGAUGUCUUUGAAAAUGGCGAUUGGAACUCUCUGAAAGCAUUUGUCUUCAACGAUGGGUCUACCGUACCACAUUCCGACUUGCCACCAUUGGUCAUUGAUAAGAACUACAUUGGUUGGGCCGUGAGAGGUAUUGGGCUCUUUAUGAGUUUUCUUAUCCUUGCGUUUUCGGUUGGACUUUACUUUUGGACUACUACCCAUCGAAAGACCAAGGUCGUAAAAGCGAGUCAGCCAAUGUUCCUUCACAUGAUUUGUGGCGGUUGCUUUCUGAUGGCGACAUCUAUGAUUUUCCUUAGUAUUGAUGAUGAAAUUGCGUCGCAAGGUACAUGCACUGCGACCUGUAUCACUACGCCUUGGUUCUUCUGCGUUGGUUGGAUCUUGUCCUUUUCUGCACUCUUUGCCAAGACACUUCGGGUGAACAAGAUUUUCCAUAAUCCAGUUGCCUUUUCACGGAUCAAGGUCACAAUGUGGGACGUGAUCAAGCCAGUGGUGGCACUGCUCAGCACUGCGGUUCUGAUCCUCUUGCUGUGGACAGUAUUGCAUCCACCAGUAUUCUCCCGUGGAGUCAGUGCUUUGGACGUGUAUGGCAGAGCCCAAGAAACAAAGGGAACCUGCGACUAUACAGAUUCGCUGCCAUAUGCGAUUACAUUGUUGGUUGUUUUGGUGGGAACCUUGGUCUAUGCUGUGCAACAAGCCUAUGUUGCGCGAAACAUUUCUACGGAAUUUGCAGAAACGGAAUACAUCUUCUUGGUGUUGGUUGCAAUUUUCGUUACAGCCCUACUGGGAAUUCCGGUUCUCUUGCUUGUGGCGAGAAACCCAGGUGCUCGAUUCUUUGCCGUGGCAUGCAUCGUGUUCCUUGUGAAUUUGGCCAUUCUUUGCUUGAUUUUCAUUCCGAAAAUAAAUCAACAGAGAAAAGAAGCUGAAAGGAAGAAGAACGUGGGGAACGGAAAUAUGAGGCAGACUUCUUUUUCCAUUGGGUCACAACGAGUGAGCGUCAGUGGAGUAAUGUUAGACACUUCCGAAAUCGAGUCCUCCGGCUUUCAAGAGUCGCGGGAAAGUGAUGGGGAGAGUGAUGGAAUGAAGAUUAUCGACAACCCUAGAAAGGUGGAGAACUUGGAGCAACGGAUCGAAUCUCUCAGAAUAGAAAUUGAUGUGUUGCGGAGAAGGAAACAAAAUACAAGGCUGCCGUCAGUGUUCGAAGCUUCCGAAGAGAAAUCAACCGAAUUUGAUGACGAGGACGAGGAGGAAAAAUCAAUCGAAGCCGACAAGAACGAGGAAGAAAACUCAACUGACGUUCACAAGGAAGAUCAAUCCUUGGAUCAAUUCGACGAAGAGUUCGGAGGAGAUCAAAAGUCUGCUUCAGGUACUAGUAGUGUGCGCAACUCAUCUUCCAGUUCUGGAAGUCACCAUCUACGAGUGGAUAUGACUGGGGAAGUAGUAGAAGACUUGGAUGUUUAA